AUGAUCUUCGAGAGCCUUUGCUGGAUUCUAUUUGGAAUUGCUCUCUACAACGGUGUAAUUAUUCUAUACAAUCUCUACUUUCAUCCACUCAGCAAAUUUCCAGGGCCCAAGCUGGCGGCCUGCUCUCAUCUCUAUGAAUUCUAUUUUGAUAUUAUCAAAAAUGGAAUGUUCAUGCAAGAAAUCUCUCGCAUACACGAGGUUUAUGGCCCGAUCGUUCGUAUAACUCCCCGCGAAAUUCACAUCAAAGAUGCCGAGUUCUAUGAUCAAAUCUACUGCACUGGUAGUAGGAAGCGGGAAAAGGACCCUCAAUUUGUCUCGGGAUUUGUUUCUCCCCAAUCAGUGAUUACAACCAUUGACCAUGAUCUCCACAAAAAGCGCAAAAAUAUGAUACAAAACUUCUUUUCCAAAGCAUCAAUCACGGAGAUUGAAUAUCAUAUUCUUCAAAAGAUGGAAAAAGUCGCAUAUCGGUUUCAUGACGCAUGUCGAACUGGCGAAAUUCUUCUGAUGGAGUCAAUCUUCUCCGGCUUGACUGCAGACGUCAUCACGCUCUAUGCGUUUGGGACCAGUUAUGAUUACUUAGAAAACAGAGAACGAGCUAAUAAUCUGCAAAGUUCUGGGGAGAUCGUGGCCCGUGGUUUUCAUUUGAAUCGUUUCUUUCCCUUCAUUCGGAAGGCUGUGUUCAUGAUGCCUAAUCUUGCAGCUGCUUUGCUGCCCGGCUCAGAAGCAGUCGUGUACAUGAUCAACGGAAUCAAGACACAAGCGAGAAAUGCUCUAGACGAUACUAAAGAAAUAAGCAAAAGGAAAACAUUAUUUGAUGGCUUGACGGCGCCUUCGAUUCCUUCGGAGGAGAAAACCAUGUCUCGACUCAUGGAUGAGGGACUAGUUCUUCUUUUGGCAGGUACUGUUACCACGACCAGGGUUUUGGUGCUCGCUACGUUUCAUCUAUAUAAUGAUGUCAGCAUGCUUGCAAAAUUGCGAUCAGAGCUCAAAGGAGUUAUGCUCACACCUAGCUAUCGUCCUUCUUGGGCAGAGUUGGAGCGUCUACCGUAUUUGACUGCUGCUAUCAACGAGGGUCUCCGACUCACUUUUGGUGUCACGUUUCGACAGCCUCGAGUAGCCCCGCAUGAAACAUUACUUUACGGAGAAUAUGCCAUUCCUCCAGGUACUCCGGUUAGCGAAUCAACAUACUUGCUACAUACAGACCCUGUUGUGUUCCCGGAACCCCACGCGUUCCGUCCUGAACGAUGGACAGAAGCUUCCCCAGAACAAAAGCAACAGAUGCGCAAGCAUUUCGCACCAUUUUCCAAGGGAAGUAGGCAGUGUAUAGGGAUGAAUCUCGCGUACUGUGAGAUGUAUCUGGUAUUGGCCCAUGUUGUUCGUCACUAUGAUAUGGAGUUAUACGAGACUACAUUUGAGAAUGUUCAUUUGGUCAGAGACUUGGGCUUAGGCUUUCCAAAAGAUAAGCCUUUAUCUGUGAAGACCCAAGUGAUCGGUAUUUUAACAGAAUAG